UUUAAUAUUUCCUUAUCACAAAUUGUAUUAUUUAAUUUAAAGUUUAAGUAUUCUUUUAUCUUUAUAAAUUGUGUCAGCGUUAAAGUACACCUGAAAUUAAAUGAAUAAUAUGGUUUCCUAUAUUUAUAACUUUAAUACAAUUUUUACCUCCAUUCUUUGUUAUAACUCGGAAAAUAAUUUUCAGGAAUCGAAAUUCCACACACUCGUAUUUACUUGCAAUUAUAAAUAAAAAAAUUAUAUACCGCUUAUUACGUAAAUGUAAAAUCACUUUGGCAUGCGAGAUUAUUUUCAGUACAUUAAUAACAUAAAAUUCCAGUGGUUUAAUUUCCAGCUCAAUCUCUGGCUACGUUUCCCUUGAUUGCCAAAAUUAUCGUUUCGCUUUUCACGAUCCUCCGAUGCACGAUUUUAGCUUCAUCUAAAAAUUACGUAUGAAACAGUAAUUUAGUCGGAUAAAUUAAAUUUAAACACAGAAGCAAGUCGACAGCCUUGUGUUGCGUGCGUACGCGUGAAGGCUUGCGGUACGAAGACAUUUCUCUCUCUCGAGAGUGCAUCGGAGGGUUAAAGAAGUGCGUCUCGCUCGCCAAAUUCCUCUCGACGAACGGCGACGCGCGCGCGACCCAAGGGGAGCACAAACCAACCGUCGGGCACAAAAACCGGGUUCCGGGAAUGAGAGAACGGCCGUACAAAAGGGAUUAAUUGGCACUAGGCCGUGGAUACGGAUCAUCGUAUACGCGCCGCGAGUGUCGCGUUCGCCCGCUCGCCCGCUCGCGUGCGAGCGGCGCGCGGCGGCGCGAGUCAUCGAUUGACGACCGUAAAAGCGAACGGCACUUGGCACGGGAAUCUCUCGAUGUUUAAUUCUCGUUAUCCGUCCUUUCAUCCACUCCCGUUUCAUGCCUCGUUCCUGUCUCUUUGCUUUUCAUUUCUGCGGCAGCGAUCGCAUUAACUGUCGUUCAGCGGUGGAUUUAGGCUCGGACCCGUGAGGCGUACAACCACGAUGGGCACCGUCCGAUUAAGACAACGUACCCGACUCUUUCUCUCUCUCGAGUAAAAUGCGAGGAGAGGACGGAGAAAAAAGUAACAGCGGGGAACAAAUCUGAGAACGGUUAAACCAAAAUGCGAAUCUGAUCUUGAAAAUUACUUCGACGAUAUGUGAUUCGCUCGAGCUGCACUCGCGAUUAUGUCGGACGUUUAUUUCGCAGAUAAACGUCGGAAUAUCCAAGCGAUACAUUUGAGCAAACCUUCUCUCUAAAAGUCAAUCGCUGUUUCCAGUGGCAAUCCACCGAUGGACCUUUAGAGAGUUGUGCGUUUCUCUUGAAAUCUGUUGCUCUUAUUUUGCGCAUCGCGAGCGAGUCCGCGUCCGAGUGAUUAGUCCAAGACCUGUCGACACGCGGAACGUGACUGGAGUCUCGGAUUUCGAGGGUGCGUUGAACGGGUGCAUAAAUCCGCCGCUGAUUCUGAGCCUGUCCUCGCGAUUGUGUGUAAUAUUGCUCGUGCACACACUGUCACGCACGGACGCGUAAUCCGAGAAGCCCGGGGUUCCUUUGCGCGAUCAACUGUCCCUCCCCGUUGAAUCGCGCGCGAUCGUCCCGGUCGUCUUGCAGGAGCAGACACUCGGCGAGGACGCUCUCGCACCAGAGCGGCGCGCGCCCUUUGUGAAAACGAUAAGAUCGUCGUCGCGCGAUCGUCGACGCGCCCUCCCCGCGCCGCGGAGGAACGCCGUGGGGUCGACGCGCUCUGAUAAUAAAUGAUGUUUUAUCUGUCGUGCGAUGCCCGGCGGAUAUUGCAUAGCCCGACGAAGAGGCGGGGAGACAGGAGGGAGAGAAUUGUAAUGCGACGAGGCGUCAAUCUGCUUUUUCGUUCGCGCAGGGUGCGACAAAUCAUGUCGAGGCCGCGCACCGUCUCGCCGCUAACACGAGCACAGAGGAAGCUUCGACGAGACGUCGAUGGACAGCUGCAUAUUGGCUACCAUCGACGAGAGCCGCCGAGUCAGUGACUUGUCGGGCGAGUCGAUGAAGGACAGUAACGAGGAAGUGACGUCACUGGAGGAAGCCAAGCUGGUCAUAGCGGCGCUGAGAGCGAGACAGCGGGCGCAGGCCCACCAAAUGCUCGCCUGGCGGAGGACCCUUAAAUUGCAGGAGGACCUGGUGGCCCGACUGACGCGGGAGAAAGCCGAGCAGCUACGUACGUUGUCGUCGCAGCUUCUGCUGUUCGAGUCCAGGCUCUGCAGAAAGCAGAAGGAGAUCGAGGCCAGUCUGAGUCAGCGAGAGUCCAUUAUUCUACGACAACAAAGGGUGAUCCGGCAAUUGCAGAGCAGAUUGGCGGAGAGAAGCACGAGCACCAGGGACUCGCCACCCUGCGACGCCCUGGACAGAUUGGACAGUCUCGGUGAUAGCGAUAGCGCCGUGGUGCUUGAGGAAACCGCGGACGAUCCUGCCCCACCGAGGUUUCGUUCUAAUAUUACUGACGUAACUGUGAUCCGUUCCGUAUCCGAUGCGGUGGAGCCGUCGAACAAGUAUUCGUCGAUGCGCCGGUGCAACGGUUUCCUCAGAAGACCGGAGGUCCUAGAAACCGUGUAUUCCGUGGAGGAAGACGGUGACAGCGAGAAUAAUCAGGAUCCGUCGGAGUCGACAGAGAAUUCAGAGUAUGAAGACAGGAGAACGAAAAACUUGGGCAACGGAAAAGGCAGGCUUCAGGAUCUCUACGGCAGCUUCGAGAGGCUGGCUCAAGACACGGAUUCUCCGCCCAGCGAAAGACCCAGAGACGAAAGCCAGCAGGCGCAGGUGACAUACAAUAGGGUAAUGAGCAAUCACAGAUCCGUGACGAAGCCAAAAGACGUCAAGUACAAGAGGAUAAACAAGGCAAAAUCGAAAAGUCUCGAAGAACUUAGAGGACGUCUUAGAAAUUGGGUCGAGAAAGGGAAUAAAAUAGCUAUAUCGUUGGAUCAGUCGUAUGCUUGAGCUUACUUACCCCCGUAUAUGAAAGUAUCUAAAUUAUUAUUUUAUGAAUGAUUGUAAAGACCGUUGUUAAACGUGUAACGCCCGAAAUCUAAUUCUUAUAAGAUUAAGGAAUGGACUUUUUAUCCUAUCGCUACGGUAUUUAACUGAAAUAUCAUUGCUCCAUGUGAUAUUUAUUGUAGUAUUUCUUCAUGUUAAUUAUGCACCUAGGUCAACGAUAAAUGAUUCGAUACUUGUGAUAUGAUUUUCUUAAUUUGUCAACAGCAUUCUUACAUUAUAUUUUUGUCAAAGAUAGCAUAAACAAUUUGUGUUAGAUGUGUUAAAGGCGAAUGUAUUAAAUGUGUUAAAUAGUAAAUAAUUUACUAGGAUUUGAGACAGUUUUAGAAUUUGAUUUCAUUAUGGUACUUAAAAGUUUACGUAACUUGAAACGGGACAUAUGUUCGUAGAUGGCGCAUGAACUUUCAAGAAAUAUUUUCGAUUUCUUACUUUCGGUAAUAGCAUACACCUAACUUAUGUUGCCACAUUCUAAAUACAUACAAGAAAAACUUCGGAUGGUCUACAUAUUAAUGAACUACAAAUAUAUAAUUAAGUCAACUUUUUUGAGUAACAGAAAACUUUACUAUUACUAUGCAAACGUUAAUUAUAACGCACAUAUUCUGCACAUAUUUGAUUGUAUCAAAGAUAUUUUUUUACUGUUAAAUGCCGUUUGUUGUAAUUAUGACCUCAUUCAGAAUGAUAUACAUUACGUUUUACCACAGAAAAUUUACGAUUAAAUUCCCUUAUAUUUAAAACGA